AUGUUAGUCCUCUUCACGUUCCUAUUUGUAAUGACCGCUGCAUCGGUGCGGGAUAAAGAGAUGGAACUUCAUUUCGUACAAACGAUAUGGCGACACGGAGAUCGCUCACCGUUGUCCACUUUUCAAACCGAUCCAUUCCAAGAGGACUACUGGAAAUUUGGAGGAGGAGGCUUUGGGGAACUUUCACCGCUAGGAAUGAGACAACAUCUCGAUUUUGGGAAACAGAUCCGAAAACGUUACGUCGACACUGGAUUCCUCGGCCGACGAUACUCAUCCAGAGAGAUCUAUGUCCGUUCCACAGAUCGUAAUCGUACACUAAUUUCUGCUAUGGCAAAUAUGGUCGGUAUGUAUGGUCAAGACGAUAAAUCAAACAUUAAAGACGUCGAUUAUCCUGACACAAAUGGCUGGCCGUCAGGCUAUGUUCCUAUAGCCGUGCAUACGGUAAAACGUGAAACUGAUUAUGUCGGAAUCCCUCAUUUACCUUGUGAACGUCGAGAUCAUCUGUGGAAAAUGGCGAAAGAAUCGGAUGAAUUCAAGGAAUACCUGAGUAGACCUGCCGUUGUAAAUCUAUUAAAGAGCUUAACGGAAAAUUGUGGAGAGGAAGUAAACGAAGAUAAUGUUUGGGCAGUUCGUGACACUUUAUUGAUUGAGCAAAUUUACGCCAACGAAUCAUUACGAGAAAAGAAUAAAUGGUUUUCGGAUGAUCUUUUCCGAGAGAUGUCAGAAGUUGAUGUUCGGAUGAAUCGCUAUUUCAAUGGCCUUUUCGAUAAGCCUGCGAUAAGAGACAAUAUCGACAUUGGACUAGAACUGGCGAAAACUCGUGGUGGAUCGAUGAUCAACGAUCUUAGUACGCGUAUGGAUAUGAAAAUAGAUUGCUUGAACAAUGCACAUCGACCAGAAUGCAAAUGGAUAAGUGGUCUCAAAUACUUCAUUCAUUCAGCUCACGACUCUACUCUUUCUUCAUUCCUCUCUGUUAUGGGAAUACACAAAAAAGUGGUCAUAACUGGAUAUCCCGGCUAUACGGCGGCUGUCUUUAUCGAGCUAUGGAUGAAUUCUACGGAUAAUCAACCUUACUUCAAAUUAUCCUAUCGACAAAGUGACGUGGAGUCUAAUAUUAAUCCUGUAACACAUCAUAUCGAUGGUUGCCAGGGUAGAAUGUACUGUAAAGUGGAUGUGUUCAGAGAUAUUGCAGCAAGGACAAAACCAGAUAAACCAAUGGAAGAGUGGUGCAGCGUGGAUCCACGGAAGGCUACGUCUGCAUUAUCGUCGUUCUCUAGCAUAGGUAGUUUUCGUCCUGUUAUGGUACAUAUGUUUGCAAAGCUGACAUCCAAACAUGGAGAGCUAGCGAUUCCCUUUCAUCUGUUCCAAAUGAUAUCUACCGUAAUCUGUGUCGUCGUGUUUCUCUUCUCCCACGUGCUAGCUCUACAGGACGGUGAAAUGGAAUUGGUUCUAGUACAAGCGAUGUGGCGACACGGAGAUCGAUCACCGACAAAAACGUUCAAGACCGAUCCGUUUCAGGAAGGGAACUGGACGUUUGGUGGUGGUGGAUUUGGACAAUUGUCACCGUUUGGAAUGAUGCAACACAUGAUGUUGGGCAGACUCCUGAGGAAAACCUAUGUUGACACCGGAUUUCUAAAUAGAACAUACUCAUCCAGAGAGAUCUAUGUUCGUUCGACGGAUGUGAAUCGAACUAUUAUUUCGGCUAUAUCUAAUCUUAUGGGAAUGUAUGGUCAAAGAGAUGGUGGAAAUGUUCCUGGCAUCGACUAUCCGUUCGAUCCGAAUUGGCCUAUCGGAUUCGUGCCGAUCGCUGUGCAUACGGUUCAUAAACCUACGGACUACGUUGGGAUACCUGAUGGGGAUUGCUAUCGGCGAGAUAAACUCUGGGAAAUGGCAAUGUCUUCCGGAGAAGUAAAAGAAUAUAUGACCAGGGAAGAUGUAUUAAAAACGCUAAAUUUUCUAAUUUCUAAGUGCGGACAAGAAAUUUCGCUCGAUUAUCUUCAUGUUGUACGUGAUCCGUUAUACGUUGAGCAAAUUUAUUUCAAUGAAACUCUAAGAAAGGUCAAUCCCUGGUUCACAGACGAUCUCUACAAGAAAGUGAAUGAUAUGCAUAAAAAAAUGGAGCGAUUCAAAUAUGGGAACUUUGAAAAGAAAAUCUUAAUCAACGGUCUUGAUAUUGGUUUGGAAUUAAAGAAGAUGAGAGGUGGACCGAUGUUUAAUGAGCUUACUACGCGUAUGAAUUUUAAACUUGAUUGUAUGGGAAAGAAUAAGCCCGAAUGUAAAUGGAUCAAUGGUCUUAAAUACUACGCAUAUUCAGUGCAUGAUUCCACGAUGUUCGCUUUCUUUUCGGUCCUUGAUAUCGCCCAAAAGGUUUUGGUACCAGGUGUUUAUCCUGAAUAUUCAGCAGCAGCGUUCAUAGAGCUAUGGAUGAAUCAUACUGAUAAUCAGCCAUAUUUCAAGCUUACCUUCCAUCCGGAUGACAAUUCCGGGAUAAACUCAAUAACAAAAGAAAUUCACGGAUGCGAUGGUAAAGAUUACUGUAAACUGGAUGUUUUCAGAACUAUUGAUAAGAAAUAUAAGCCAGAUCAGCCGCUGGAACAGUGGUGUGAAGUGGAUCCGAAUUCAAAAAGUGGAUCCGGAGGAGCUGGAUCCAGACAAAUUUCAACAUCAUGGACAGCUUCAAUACUAGCGUUCGCAGUGAUCUUCUUCAUGUGGUAG